CUGCUUCAGUGAACAUGCUCUCCUACCUAGUAGACCCCUAUACAAGGAGGCUCCUGUUUCUGGUCAAGCGCUCAGACUUUGAGAAUGAUCUCCUCUGGGCCUGCUGCUGUAAUAAAAGUUUUUCUCCACCUGUUUGAGUGACCAUCGGAUUCUUGAGUCUUCAAAUUUUGCAUCCAGUGUGGAUGAGGUGGAAGAAAAGGCGAAGGAAGAGGACAGCUGCUCUCCUAGACUACCAGAUUUACCAGAAAUUGGAUAAGAAGCCAAUUCCCCUUCUGAAAAGCUUGCAGAGGCUGUUCCCUGGCUAAGGAUGCUCUCAACAGCCUGUAUACCAACACCACCCUGCUGAUGCAUGUACAAGAGCACCUGUCACAGCCCCACAGCCAGAUGGGGAGAAAGCAGAUCCUGGUAGAGGCUGCCCCCUCUCCUCUCACUCCACACCUUCUACCUCUGGCCUCCUCUCCAUCACCAGGCCCAUCAGUAACUUCCUCAGAUUUUGUGUGUUCACCCACACCCCUCACUGCCUCUCAGACCCCAGAGCCCCUGCUUCCCCUGGGAAGACUUUCACCCCAGCCACUUUCCCUUCCCCCACCAUGUCCCCCCAAUCAUGCCACAACCCCACCUCCCUGCUGGGACACAAACGAGAAGCCAGAACAGCAGCUCGGUCCUCAGCAACCCUCAUGUCCCAAGAUCCUGGGGGCCCACUUUCAGAAGAAAUGGAUCCAGCUUUUCUGGGGUCUGCCCUCUCUGCACAGUGAAUCUACAACAGCUGCUGCUGGGAUCUCUCAGAACCCUCCUGUUCCAUACCUUCCCACCUUCUUAUUCAACAGAACCUCACGUGUUUGCCCAGUUCACGUGCAGGAUCAAAUGUCCCUGCUGCUUUCCCUUGCCCAGGAUCCAUCCUGUCUGGAACCCACACUCAUCCCAGAUGAAAUUCAACACUCAGGAAGGACCUUGUCGAAGAAACACCUAGAACACGGGUGGGCUAUUCCCUCAGCAGUCCAAAGCCCUCAGGAGGGUUACUGUCCCUCUACUCCCAACCUUUGCCAAAGCAAGGGUGCCACUGCCAUCCUUCGUGAGAGUUUUCCAAUCAGCUCUGAGCUCUGGGAAAAACUAGAGCAACACAUUCAAAAGUGGCAUGUUCAACACCAGCAGGACCUGCCCUGCAGGAUCCAGGAGUCUCCAGAACUCACACAGCCUCAGUGUGACUUAGCUCAUUCACCUCAGGUAAAGGACAAACCCGGGCUCUCCCAUUCGUCUGUGUCUACAGGUGAACCCAGCAAGGAUGUGCAGAAGGUGAGGUUCCAGCUAAGGAGGGACUCAGGCAAGAAUUUGGGGCAUAUUCUAGGCAAGGUCCCAAAAGAUCUCUCCAGAGCCCUAGGAAGCUCCCCAGUGAAGGUUCUGGGGGCAACCUCUGAGGAGUCAGAGAGAAACCUGACGUGGCCCAUGGACAGUGACACAAGAAAUGACCCAUUCAGAAGUAGAGACAAGAAACACCUAGAAGGGGUGCUGAAAGCACAUUUGGGUGUGAAGAUGGGGCAGAUCUAUGAGGGGCUGAUCCCUCUGAGAGUGCGCCAGUCCUGGCUCACUGUCAACGGUGCCCUUUCCAUGCUUCACACCCACUUGAAAACCAGAAAUCCAGCAUCCUCCAGGAGUCAGGAAACCUGUGUGAGCACCAUCCAGAACUUUUUCUCCAAUCCACGCACUCAGCAGGACCUGGAGAUGCAGAGUACAAGGCAUAGGGUGAGGCACAGGUGGGGCCUCCCCCCCAAACUCCUCAAGGCCAUAAACACUUUUAAGUCAACAAAGGCUUCACCCUCACCAUUUCCACAGUGUGCUCACCCCUCCUCCUCUGGCGGUGUGUCCUGGGCUGACUUGACAGUGGAGGAUGAGGCCAAGUUCCUGGGAAAACCACCUCAGGGAUGUCCGGGAGAGGAGGUGACAGUCAGGCAGUCUGUCCCCACACUGUGCAGUCUCCUUGUCUCCUCUCUUUCAUGUAAGGAGACCGAGAGGGCCCUGGCAGGGAUCCCUCUUGGUGAUGGCCAGGGGUCCUCAGAGGCCCCUCUCACUAGACAGGACAGUGCAGGGCCUUCACAGCAACUCACAUCCAGCCUCAUGGGCAGAACCUGUGAGAGCAGGAGCAUCCAAAGGGUUGGCAGAGGCAGCCCAGAAGUCCCCUUGCUUCCUGGAACAUGUGUCAUCCAAGAUGCAGGAGAGCCAGGGCUUCGGGCAGACACUGGGAGCAAGUUUCAGCACAGAGUGGAGAUCAAGUCAGUGAGCCAUUGUCAAGUCUGUGUCACAGGUGUCCACCUUCCAGACUGUCCUACUGACUCUCUCUGUGCUUCACACUGUUUGGCAUCUGCAGUGUCCCAGUGCCAUCACCACAGCAUGCUUCUAGGGGACAUGCUAGCUCCACAACUGUUUGGUGACCUAAUGGCAGACAGAGGGAGCAGCUGGGGGCAGCAGAAGCCCUGGAUCCUGAAACAUCAGCACUCACUGAAGAGCCAAAGCAAGACAUCUGUCCCUGCUGACAAGCAUGAGGUUGGUAGGAGCCCCAGCUCAGGAAAACAUGAAGACAGGUUGGGAGACUUGGGGACCUCUGAGCUCACCCAGAAUGGGGGAAUAGAAGACACCUUAGAGAGUAAAUACCUUCAGCUCCCACAAAAGAAACCAGUCCCCUCAGAAGGGUACUUCCAAAGAAGCAUGAAGAAAGGUCUACAGUGGGUUUUACCUAAGAAAGAAAUCAAAGGGCAGGAAGACACCCCCAAAAAAGGCAAGCCUGCACCUGCCAUGGCCCAGAGUCAGAGACCAGCUAAAAACAUACUUUGUGUGGACCACAACACUGAUGAGGCUCAGUGGCUCCUGACAGCACUUGGGCAGAUGGUAGGAGCCACAAUAAUGCUUAAGCGUGAACUUUGUGCCUUGAAGUUCAAUCAGCACAAAGAGGAAGAAGGUCACACCCCAGUCUCCCAGGUUUCCUGCUCCUCAGAGCACAGGAGAAAGCCAGGACAUGCAGCCACCCCUGAGUGACACAGCUGUCCUACUAGGGAGAGGCACCCCAGUGGCCAAGAGUCCUUGAAAACUGGACAGCUCAACAGUGAGCAUCAGGGCUGGAGGCAUCCCCACCCCUCCUUCCCUAUCAAGGCUGUGUCCCCAGUCAGCCCCUCCCAGUGUGGCCCAACAGCGUCCAGGGCACUAGGCCAACAACGUUAUUGCCCAAGGCGUGGUCCUCUUUUGGGAGGUGUCUUCACUGGACAACAGAGAAAUUUCUCUCCAGUCUUUCUUAGUAGGAAAACACAUGUCCAAGAAAAAUAUUAGUGAUGUAGAGGAAAAUGAUUUUUCUCAUUAUGCAUCCAAGAUAUUUACUGUAUCCCAAAACACCUAUGUUUCCUCCU